AUGGACUACAAUUGUGGUCAACGACAGGAGAAGAAAUGCAUUCUUGUUUACUUCGCCAUUCCCUCAAAGACAAUUGCUCAUCCACAAUCAAUCUUCAUUUCACCUUGGUACAUUGACCAAGCUGAGAUGGUCAGAGCAUGGUCAGAGGAGUGUUCCUAUUGUCCAGGGUGUUCGGUUGUUGACAGGUCUAAAGAAUAUGGACUGAAUACGAUCAGCAAGAAGCUUGGCCUACGACUGCUUGCACCUCGGAAGAAGAUCAAUGUUCUCCUGAUUGGCAAUCACUCAGCGGGAAAGAGCUCCUUUAUCAACUGGUAUGUUGAAGAACAUGUUCAGAGGACGGGAGUGGCUAUUGAGACCCAGGGUUUCUCCUUCAUUACCAGUGGACGGAAACGGGAGUCACUCACGGGAAAUGCCACGCUCCACCUGUACCCCCACUUCAAAGAGCUGGCCAAACUCGAAGGAGUGGUUGAAUACCUGAACACGGAGGUGAUCACAUCCAAGCAGAAGAAGUUCAGUCUGGUGACCUUUGUGGACACCCCUGGUCUGGUGGACGGUGACAUGAAGUACCCCUUCGAUGUGGAGCAGGCUAUCCUGUGGCUAGGUGACCUCGCUGACCUGAUCUUUGUCUUCUUUGACCCUAUCGGUCAAGCCUUGUGCAAGCGCACCAUGAACCUGGUGGAGAAGCUCAAUGAGAAGCAUGCUGACCGGGUCAAGUUCUACCUCACUAAGGCUGAUGAGGCUGGACAUGAGAGUGACCGACAGCGUGUUUUGAUGCAGAUUGUCCAGGAGUUGUGUAAGAGACCUGGUCUAAACCGUGCUGGCUUCAACAUGCCCACCAUCUUCAUCCCAAGUAUGUCAUCAGGAAAGAAUCGAUGCGUGAACCAGAUAGAGGAGGUAUGUAAGGAUGUAGAGAAGACAAUCAAACAUACUGUUCAGAACACGCUCAACACACUAGAGAAGGACUGUGAACACAUCGCUAAACUCAUUGAUGAGAAGCUGGAAAACGACAGGCAAGCCAAUUCCUACAACCUUUGGGCCAGGGGUAAAUCACUCAUCUUCUACGCUUUGGGAUUGUUGCUUCCAUUUCUUCUCUUCAUCAACUUCUUGGCCAGUACAGUGUCUGAUGAGUUCACCGCAGGAAUGCUAGGAGAAGAGGGAGCUGCCAUGCUUAAAUCAUACUUGAGUCCUAUAGGAGGUAUCUGGCAGACCAUACCAGUUGAAAACCAUCUUCAUGCUAUGAUAGGCAUUGCUGUUAUAUGCUUCCUGCUUCUUCUGUUUGCUAAGCUCUCUACAAGAUUAAAGCCUACGUUGACUAGGAAGGAGAAGAGGUAUUUCAGUGAACAGAGGGAUUAUGUACAGAAUCAUGUCAAGAAAGCAAAGGAAAAGCUGUACACAGAAUAUCUGAACCAGUGUGUAGCCAUCUCUGACCUCAGCUGAAGCAAGCUUGUGACUAGACCAUCAUCAUCAUUGUCGUAGCAGAGUACUAAUCAUUUCUACUGCGUGAUAUAAUCGCACCAUGAUAUUACAAUCGCACCAUGAUAUUACAAUCACGCCAUGUUUUUCUAGGGAAACUCUAGCAAAAUUGCCUUGUAAGUUAUAUGGAAUUGGACAGUACGGUGAAAAGCCAAGAAGAAAUUAUUUAAAUGUUUUUAAAAAACUGAUAGUAACAAUAAUGUAAGUGAUACAGAAGACAACACAAGCUGAAACAAUGAGGAAAUUAUGUAAUAGAAAUAAUAGAUGUAUAGGCAAGGUUCUGUAAAAUCAGGUUAGAGGGGUCAUAAGGCUAACAUUUGUAAUCAUCACACUACAUUGCUUUCAGGAAUUUUAUUCCUUUCUGGAUUUUCCCCUGGUUAUUAGUUAAAAAGCACAUAGUAAGAAUAUCAUUUAGUCAUCAUUUUUGUAUACAGAAACCCAUAUUUUCCACUUGCCAGUAUUAUUGGUGUAAUAAUGUUGAGAAAUGUAGAAAAUUCAUUGAAUCGCAGUAUGUGUAAGCAGAAAAGCAGAAGUACUUCUAAAACUUAAUUUGAGAAGAUAUGCUGCAUAUGAUAUUUAUUUUCUACCACAGCUUCCGUAGUUCUCAAAAUAUUCAUAAGCUAGGACUAUUACUAAGGUAGUUGAUUUUCAAUCUUUUUGUUUUUGUUACCAAGAUUUUAAAGAUAGAAACUAUGAUAUGAUGAAGUCCCAUUUUUUAUUGAUAAUGGUUUGAAGAAGCUGACAGAUGUAUAGAAGGAAUAUAUUUUAAAAUGCUAAUAUUUUGUAACUAUGGUAUUAAAUGAAAGAAACAAAAUUAGGGGAUACCAAUGAAGAUCUAUGUAAAGAUGAGAGGUGGUGAGAAAAUGGACCAACAGUUAAAAUAUUUACACCUCGAAAAGGAAUAAAAAUCAUUGUCCUCAGCUCCGACAGUCCUGAAAGUAUUCUAAUGAAAUUUUAAGAAUUCUAUUGUUUCCCAUGUUCAAAUGAUCCAUUAUUUUUUGUUAUAAUUUCGAUUAAGAAGUUCAGAAACAUCAGGUUUAUUAUUAAUAUAGCAAUUUUUCUGAAGGAAUUUUUAUUUUGUUCAAUAAAUGCUUUGAUUUAACUUUUGUGAAAUUAUGAAUAUUACAUUAUUUGUAGACAUUCUUGCUAUCGUUUCUCUUCAUUACAAUUCAUUUUCCUCAUUCAGGAUAUUUUUUUUUUUUAAAGUAUAUGAUUCACGGCAGAAGAGUUUAUGAAUGUAAUAGGUAAUUUUAUUUAAUUUUAUCAAAUUGAUCACUGAGAAAUGAAUUUAAAAAGAAGAGGUAUUACUGUAUAGAGAUUUUCAUAUGGUAACUUGAAUCGCACGACCAGGGUAAAUAUUGUUUUUGUAGUGCUGUUAUAUGAAUUAUUUUGCAGAUACAUUGUUUGAAAUAAUAAUUUGAAUUGAGAGUCCUCACGUGGCGUAUUAAUAUUAAGUGCCUAUUAUUAAACAAAGUAUUUGUACAGAGAAAGUAUUUGUGAAAAUUAUGAAGUGUGUUCUCCAUUUGAUUUUUCAUUCUAAAACUCUCAUUUGUAAUCCUUUCGACCUUCCUCACAUUCUCCUUGUGAUCACAAAUCAUACUGAAUUAAGUUUGAAUUCAUUACAAAUUAAUUGCUCAAUUUUUUUCAAAAGUAUGAAAGGGAAUUAUAUCAUUCUUCUUCCAUUAAAAUAAUAUUUUCUAUUGAGGUUGGAGCAAAGCUUCCCUUCCAGAAGAGGAAUUUUCUUGAUAACUACCGGUAUCAAGUUUAAAAUUUCCUCUGAACAGCAUUGUUCUAUCUCAUUUAUUAAUGCAUUGCUGUGCGCUAUAGAAAUGUAAUUUUAUUCGUUUGAAUGACACACGGUUUUAUUUUGUACAAUGUGCCGCAUCAUUAGUGUAGGUACUAUGGUUGAUGUGUGUGAUAGGUUUAUUCUUGGUUGAAUUACAGUUACCGGUACUUCUUUGUUUUCUUGCCCAUAUCAGAAAGCCUUUUGCAAAACUAUUUCACAAGUAUGAAUUAGUCCAGUAGUUUUGCCUUGUUGCCUUUCUGGCUACUUUACUUCAUGAAUCUGUGUAAUCCUCUUUUUUUUUUUAAUGAUUGUUUGACUGCCAUCCUAACCUUGUCUUCAUCAAAUCUGAUAUCAUUUCCAUUUAUAGAAAUUACUGAAAAGCACAUAGAUGAAAUUAAAUGAAAGUGAAAAAUGGUUA